AUGGUCACCAUACUUCAGCAGAAUGGACCAAAAGGCCGGAGGAGGAGACCGCCCCACACCACGGUGCAGAGGCUCCUGAGCUGGGGGCUGCCCACGUCCUGGGGCCGGUUCCUGUGGCGCCAGCCGGGCGACUUUCCCGUCACUGCUUUCCUGCUGGGGGCAGGCACCGGGGGCCUCCUGGCCAUAGGUCUCUUUCAGCUCCUGGUGAACCCCAUGAACAUCUACGAGCAUCAGAAGGUGAUGGUGUUGUACGGCUUGGCGGGCUUCGGGGCCGCAGGCUGGGGGACCUCCCCCCACAUCCGCUGUGCCAGCCUCCUGCUGGUGCCCAAGAUGCUGGGCAAAGAGGGCCGGCUCCUGGUGCUGGGGUACGCCUUGGCCGCCAUCUACAAGGGACCGCUGGCCAACCUGCGGCACAACCUCCACGAGGUGGUGGCGUCGCUGGGCUGCACCGUGGAGCUGCAAAUCAACAACACCCGAGCGGCCUGGCGUGUCUCCACAGCCCCCCUGCGUGCCGUGUUCAAGGACCUGCUGGGCAGCAAAGAGUCACUGAGAGCUGAGACCCAAAACAUCUCCAACUCCUUCAAGGACCUGGACGCCCAGGUGAAUAGUGAGACUGGCUACGCACCUGCAGAUGCCGCGGGCUUGGAGGAGACAGCCCCAGGCGUGGGCGGCCACCAAGCUGUGGCCUUCAGGCACCGCCUCUCCACACAGAAGAUGUUUGAGCUGAAAACCAAGCUGCGUUGCUCCUACGUGGUGAACCAGGCCAUACUGAGCUGCCGCCGCUGGUUUGACCAUAAGCACGAGCAGUGCAUGCAGCGCAUCUGGGUCCCGCUCCUCAGCCACCUGCUCUGCCUGCCCAUGAAGUUCAAGUUCUUCUGUGGCAUCGCCAAGGUGAUGGGCGUCUGGUGCCGCAGCCGCAUCCCAGUGGAAGGCAACUUUGGGCAGACCUACGACUCUCUCAACCAGUCUCUCGGUGGCCUCCGUGGUGAAUUUUCAGCCACUAUUGACUUCAAGGAAGAGAAGCGGGCUGGGCUGCUGGGCGUCAACACGAGCUGGGAACACGUGAGCACCGGGCUGCGGGACUACGUGAGGCAGCAGGAGGCCCAGCUGGAGUGGGGCCUCGGGCUGCUGCACGCACUGCUCUCCUGCACCUUCCUGCUCGUCCUGCAUGCGUCCUUUUCCUAUGUGGACAGUUACAACGGGGACAUUCGCUUUGACAACAUCUACAUCAGCACCUACUUCUGUCAGAUCGACGAACGCAGGAAGAAGCUGGGCAAACGGACUCUGCUGCCGCUCCGCAAGGCCGAGAAGAAGGCCGUCAUCUUCCCCUACGACCCCACCAUCCAGGCCUUGGAAAUGAAGAACCUGAUACCGGAGCUCCUGGAGACGCUGCCCGUUCUGCUGCUGCUGGCGGUGCUGUGUGGGCUGGACUGGUCCCUCUACUCCGCCUUCGACGCCAUCCGCCACCAUUCCUUCCUACAGUACUCCUUCCGCAGCAGUCACAAAUUGGAGGUGAAAGUCGGUGGAGACUCCAUGCUCGCCCGGCUUCUCCGGAAAACCAUCGGGGCCCUGAACACGUCGUCGGAGUCGGUGGUGGAAUCGAGCAACAUGCCCUGCCUGCCCCAGCCCGUGUGCCUCGAUGCCAGGGCCUACGUGAGGACUGCACUACCCGUCGGCCUGCUGGUGUGUCUCUGCCUGCUCCAGGCUUUCGGCUACCGGCUCCGGCGGGUCAUCGCAGCCUUCUACUUCCCCAAGCGAGAGAAGAAGCGGAUCCUGUUCCUCUACAACGAGCUCCUGAGGAAAAGAGCGGCCUUCACCCAGCUGAGGAGGGCGGCCAUCGUGAGGCAGGCUCAGCAGCAGAGGGCUCCACGCCACCGCCUGGCGGACAUUCUGCACCGCCGCUGCCCCCUCUUGCGCCCCUGGCUGCGCCGGCGCUGCGUGGUGUGCCAGGCCCCGGAGACGCCCGAGUCCUACGUGUGCCAGACUCCGGACUGCAAAGCCGUGUACUGCAGGUCGUGCUGGGACGACAUGCGGCAGCGGUGCCCCGCCUGCACACCCCGCGAGGAGCUCUCCUCCUCCGCCUUCAGCGACAGCGACGACGACGUUACCUACGCGGAGUGAAGGGGCGUCCUGCUCGCUCUCCCACCUCGCU